UGUUUGCCCUUCCUCCUCUCAUCUCACACAACCCCCACAGACACAAAACUUUCAACCUAAGCCACCAUCUCGUCCCAAUUCCCUGUUUUAUUCUAUUCCUGUCACCUAUUUUACAACUACUGAAAUGGUUUUAUCACAAACUCAUCAUCAUCAUCAUCGCCACGAAGGAAAUGAUCGUUCGCUAAUUUCAAUUUUGACUGAUCCAAUUGUCAAUUUGUUCCGAUCAAUUCCAAUUGAAAUCCUCGAUCAAAACGAGGAACUUAGUCCAAGUCAAAAGGACUUUCUCGAUGACUUUUUGGAACUUCAGAAUGAUUCUGAUCUGGAAGAAUCAGAAGAUUUUAUUCAAGAAAGUCAAGAAGUUGUUUCAUCAGUUGAUGAUGAAAUUAAAGUUAUUCUUAAUGAAAUUAUAAAUCAAGUUGAAACGGAAACUCAAUUGAUCCCUAAAAUUAUUAUUCAUUCCGACGACGCGGAAGUACCAGAAGAAAGCAUUGAAAUUGCCGUUCAAUCAUUUGGAUGCCCGUUAGAUUCUUUCUCAGGACUUUCUGAUUCUGGUGUAGACCUGACUGUUGAUGAUGUACCAGAUGAUGAAGACGAUGAAAUUACUGUGCAAACAUUUGAAUCAACUCCAAAAGAACUUCCCACUGUCACCAAAUUUACCAACUGCACCUUCAUCAGAUCUCAAUCAUCAGCUCGAUGCAAAGCUAUUCUCCCUGAUACUACAUACAUCUGUACCCUUCCCCCAGUCUCUGCUACAUUCUCGGCACCCGUUGUCACACCGAAAAAAAUUGUGAAAAGAAAAAAAUCUACAUCUGCUGCAGCAAAGAUGGCAGCCGAAGUUCUUCAAAAUGAGCCACAUUGCUUUAUUGCACCAUCAUCAAGCAUUGAUCGACCAUUCAAAUUGCUUGUUCAAAAAGAAACAUUCCUUAUUGAUGCAGAAUCUAUGAGCAGAAUUUCACCUAUUUUCAAUGUGAUGUGCUUUGGAAAAGAUUUUGAGAAAAUGGACUUAUCACGGGAAAUUGUGGACGAGAAGUCGAACGAUAUUGACUGUUUUCUUAGAGCAGUCCAUGACACAUCAAUGAUUAAUUCUAGCAAUUUUGCUCUUGUGCUUCGUCUAUCCAACAAAUAUCAAGUAGAUCCGGUCAUCGACGCUUGCCAAAAUUUUAUCAUUCGUCAGCAUUUGGACGUGCUUCGAGCGGACGAGAUUCUCACGAUGUUGAUUGCUGCAUUCGAGCACCAUUGCAAGAGAGAAGUUGUACAGAAACUGAUUAAAAGACUUGCUUCGGAAGGAAAUAGCGUUUUCACUAAGCUUAAGAUCUCUCGAUAUUUGCCUGCUCAAGUUUAUGGUUCAGUCAUAUCGACAUCAAUGAAUUUGAACCAAGCAAAAGAGCACGAGCUGAUGAAUGGACAUGUUCUUAAAAUGGAAAGAUCAAAAAUCCGUUGGCGUCAAUCAGUCUGCGAAGAAUGCAAGAGUGUUGCCGAAUGUGCAAAUUGCGAGGAAUGCAAAAAGACAGUGUGCCGAAAUCACGUCAGCAAGCUUAAAUGUUCCAGUGACUAUGGAGCGAAACUCGCUGCUGAUUUGAAGAAGAAAAUUGUUGAUUUCGAAUGGCAAGACUGAUGGAUUUCUUGUUUGUUUUCAGUUUCUGCAUACCUUACCCGCUUCAUUUAUUUGCUUCAAUUUCACUAGACACCUUUUAGAGCUCAUACUGGUCCUCGAUCCCAAUCUGUUUAGCAGUUUUCAUUGUCAGGUUUUUGUUUUUUGUCGGUAGUUUACUUUGUAUUCGGUUCAAAACUUUCACCACGACGGUUUAUAUGUUCAAGUUUUCAUUUGAACAAUUAUAAUUUGUGCCCCUCCACCUCUCAAUUCACCCGACAAUACAUGUAUAGAUUUGUAUUUUCCCUCUUCCUACUUGUACUUAAUCGCUCAUUCUGCAUCAAUAAACAAUGUAUUAUAUUUUUAAAAUUUACGAC